AUGAAAGUUUUUGAUCCAGCAUUUUCUGUACCAGGUGCAAAAAAAUUAAGAACUAUGAUUGGAAACAGUUACAGUUUUAACAAAGAAGCAUUGCGUGAAAUUUUUCAACAAAGAAUUGAUUAUAUCUCAUUAACUACAGACUUCUGGACCAGUAGAGCCAAGCAUGGAUACCUUA